AUGAACCAAGGCAAGAAUCUGAAUGAUUGGGAAGAGGUCGAGGGGCCCAAGGAGCAAGAGGACGAGGGGGCCAAGGCCACAUUGGUUGACCAUGUCAUCAACCAUGGCAUGAGUUACAGGGAAGCAGGAGAGAGGGUUCAACCCAAUCUUAGCCGCUACACUGUAGCAGGCAUUAUAAGAACAUUUCACACCGAGAACCGAACUGCCAGAAAUUCGAGAGCUGGGGGCAGACAGCGACUGUUCACACCAGACCAGGAGACCAAUAUUGUGAACAUGGUGAUGGCAAACAACACUAUAAGGCUGCGCGAAAUUCAGCAGCGCGUAAUUGAAGAUGACACAGUCUUUGCAAAUAUAAAUACUGUGAGCAUCUCUGCAUUAUCCCGCUUGCUGGACAGAAAUAGAAUUCGCAUGAAGCAGGUGUACAGAGUGCCCUUCGAAAGGAAUUCUGAACGGGUAAAGCAACUGCGUCGUGAAUAUGUGCAGAGAGUAAUGGCGCUGGAGGCAGAUGCCAUGGGCCAUGAGCUCAUAUUUGUGGAUGAGGCAGGCUUCAACCUGACAAAAACAAGAAGACGGGGCAGGAAUGUGAUCGGACAGCGCGCCAUUACUGAUGUUCCAGGGCAGAGGGGGGGCAACAUAACUAUGUGUGCUGCAAUCAGUCACAACGGUGUCCUUCACCAUCAUGCCACACUGGGCCCAUACAACACAAACCUCAUGAUAAGAUUCCUUAACCAGCUUAAUACCAUCCUCACUGUGACAAUGCAACCAGACUGUGUGAGAAUACUCAAUCUCCCGCCUUACUCUCCAUUCCUGAAUGCCAUUGAGGAGUUCUUCUCGGCCUGGCGAUGGAGGUUCUAUGAGCGUAAUCCCCAACAGCGCAUGGCCCUGCUACAGGCAAUGGAGGAGGCAUGCGGAGACAUUGACCAGGCAGCGUUUCAGGGCUGGAUACGGCAUGCAAGGAGAUACUUUCCCCGCUGUCUUGCACUGGAAGAUAUAGCGUCGUGUGAUGUAGAUGAAAUCUUGUGGCCGGAUGCAGCAAGGCGUAGGGAUGUCCAGUAAUUUCCUUUUGAUUUCAGUAGUACUUCAUUGUAUUGAGUUUUCUUGUGUUUUGAUUUGAUUUGUGUUUUGAUGUUGCUGUAAG